CAUUGUCUCACAGUAGAUGUCUCACAGUUUGUUGUUGAUAAAAUAAUAACGCAUCAUGUCCUUUAAGUUAUCUAUUUUGUUACUGUCGUUAACUAUCUUGACUGCUAAUUCCGUAUUGGAAGAUGAAUAUGAACUUGUAGCUAUAGCCCAUGUAGAGUUACCCGAUGGAUAUAAUAAUGAAGAUAUAGAUAUGGAUGUAUAUUUACCUGAAGAAUAUAAUAGGAAUCAUGGUUUUAUUAUUGACUUCGACUUAAUACUGCUAGACCCUGAAGAUCCAUAUGAAGCUUUGUAUCCAGAAAGAAGAACCACGAAUGUACCACUACCACCUACAGAGCCAGUCGAAACUGAAGGACCAAGCGAAACCCAAGCUAUGGAUGCUAGUAUCCAUAGCUCUAGCUGUACCUGUGAACCGGACCCAAAUGAAGCUGAAAUUCUAAGAGAUUCGUACAAUUAUUGUAGAAGUUGGAACAACAAAGGUCCAGACGAGAAGGUCACAAGAGGUGAUUUUUGGUUGUUCAUGGGAAAAAACCAAAGCGACAAUUAUAGAAUACAACGAUACUACCUUGACCAUCCAAGUAUACCUCAAGGUCCUAUUGACUUGGACGGAAAUGGAUAUGGUGAACUUUUUAAAUACAUAUGCCAAAGCCGUGGAGUUACUGUAGCAGACUAUGUAGAAAAUAGGAAAAAAAGAGCGGAAAAACAGUCACUAGAAGAAACUGGAGGGUUUAAAUGGCAGGAAAACAAUUAGCUAGUUAAAAUAAAAGUGUCAA